AUGAAAUAUAAAUCCACUAUUUAAAUCAACCAGAGUAAGUAUUACAUCAAUUCUAUCGUUAGUAGCAUCAUAGCUGAGCGUGAAAGUCAUAGAUUAUUGUUAUCUAACAAUAUUUUUAUUUAAUGUAAAUCCCCAAUCAGAAGUUACACAUAAUGUUCCAGAUGAAGAUGGAAUUACUGUUGCUAUUGGAGUUAUUGAUGGUGGAUUAUAAAUUUAAUUAAUGACUGAGUAUGUAAGAGGAAUUUAAGGACCUUAUUCUAAAAUUAANAUAUUACCAAUUAAAUAUUAAUCAUAAGCCCUAGCUUAAGAUUGCGAAAAUCUAAAAUCACUAGUUGAUAAUUGCUUGUAAAUAUUGGUAUUGACAUAGUCAUCAAGAUAUUCAAAUUAUGUUAUCCCAUUUAAAUUAUCUUCAUUUCCAAACAGUAACGGUGUUAAUAUAUUAUCAUCAUCCAAAAUUACACAUAUUCGACUAUUGUAUUUUAAUUCGUAUGGGUUAAUCAUCCCAUAAAUAGUGAGAUUAAAUGGAUCUUUAAUUAAUUCACUAUCAUGA